AUGAAUGAGGAAAAAAUAAUGAAAAUGAAAAAUGAGCUAAUAAAUUUAGAAAAAAAAUGCUUUGGUUUAUUACAAAAUUUGCCGCAGGGAUUAAAAUCUUUAGAUGCCAAAUUCAAAGAGCUUGAUCUUACAUCCAUAAUCUUUUUGUAUUAAAAAAAAUUUGUUCACUUAUAGAGGGUGGGUUUAUGGGCAAAAAUAGGGACUUUUAUAAUUUUUUUGUUCGCUCUCAGAGGCGGUGAGUUAAAAAAAAUAUUGAAAUGCUCAAUCUUAAAUAUGAUACUUUAUCAAAAGACUUGGAAACUUCUAUCAUAAGCAAACUGAAACAAAUUGACAAGAAAUUUAUAAAUAUUCCAAGCAAGCAACAAAUCGAUGAGACUUUAGCAAGUCUUCAAAUUAAAAUUGAGAGCUGAAAUAAAGAAACAGAAAAAAAACUAAAGGAUUUGGAAGCCUUAUUAUCAGCUGACACAAAAUUCAAUAAAGAGAAAAAUGAUAAGCUCGGGAAUGGCUUUGAAAAUAAGAUACAGCAAUUAGAACACAAAAAAAAUGCCAAAAGUCAAAUCGAAUUCAGUUAUUCUCAAAUUGUGCCUAGUAGCCAAUUUGUAAUAUCUCCUCAGCCAAAGAUCCUUCCUCUAAAUUUAGUUAAAGAUCCCUUAAAUAAUCCGCAAAUUCAAGCCGAAGUUCCAUGCAUAAGUAGCCAGCAAGAUCUUCCAAGGCUAAAAACGGAUCAAAGCAAAGCUUUCAGCAAAUCUGGAUUACCUAAUAUGUGAAAUACUAACUAUAUGAAUUCUCUUAUUCAAAUUUUAGCAAGUGCAACUGAAUUUGUGGAGUUUAUAAAGAAUUGCUCUUCUGAUAAAUUACUGAGAAGUUUGAGCCAAGUUAUUCAAUUAAUACAAUCUAAUUCUCCAGAUCAUCAAAUAAGACCCCAUAUAAAAGAAAUUAGAGAUAUCAUCCCAGAAGAAUACUCGAUGGUAAAUUUUAACGGGUUUUAUAAAAACGAUCCUAAAGAUCUAUUUAGAAUUAUUUCAAGUAAAGCUGAGAAUCCUGAGCUCUUUUCUAUCAUCAAAAAACAAUCUUUUACUUGCCAAUUUGACCAUAAAGAAGAAAAUGAAGACAGUCAAAAUUUUAUAAAUAUUCCAGAAAAUCAGCAAAAUGACAUAGAAAGCUUCUUAAAUGGGUUAAAAGAGUGGAAAUUUUUUUCAGGGCAAAAUCAAUUGCAUUGUGCAAAUUGUGGAGGAUUGAGAGAUAUUGUAAUGAAAACUGAAAGCAUUCAAUGGCCACGCGUUUUAGCAAUUUAUAUGCCUAGUCAGUUAUCACAAGAAAUCCCAAGCUCUUUGCAGGUUGAAAAUAAUUUUUACAAUCUUUUCGGAGUCAUAUACAAACAUAAUUAAAUAGGCUAUUUUGCCAUUGCAAUUAAUAUUCUAUUUUUAUAUUAAAUAGAAUUUUCUAUUUAUUGCAAUAAGCUUUAUGCUGAUAUGAGACAAAUUUUAUAGCAUUUACGAAAAAUGAUGAAAAUGAAUGGGAGAAGUAUAAUGAUUUUGAUGUGAGCAAAGCAGAUCCUGAUUUGAAUAGACUUUAUCUUGCAUUUUAUAAGAAAAAUAAUUAA